CUUUCUCCACAUGCACCCCUAUAAUUGAAUAACAGUCAAUCAAGAAGAAAAAAACGCAGAACAAAGUACAGGUUAAUCAAAGCAAUUCUUGUCUGAAUUGGGGUGCGGCCGACUAUAAAAUGCGAAGAAACAGGAGGCCGAUCGCCUUCUCCAAUUUCGCACUAUUCAAGGAGGGAGUCCACAUCUAGAAUUUCCUGAUAGUUCCUGUUUCGUUUGCCCCUCUGUCUCUCAGUGAUUCACUUUCGUUCUUACCAUGUCCCGAGUGACCAAGACAACGACGUCGGAGCGGAGGGCUGGCGGGUUCAAGAGCUCCGAGGCGCCCGCCUCACCUGAGGUGAUUCAAACGGAGUCUUUCUACAAGUCCAGUUUCUCGCCCCGACAGACCAUCAUCCAGCGGACCGGGCCAGGUAGUUUGGGCAAGAGUUAUAGCAAGUCUAUAGAGAUGAAGAACGCUUCAAGCCUUGCCGGGCACACUCCAUCUGCCGAAGUGACAGGGGUAAAAAACACCCGGGAGAGAGAGAAAAGAGACAUGCAGGAUUUGAAUGAGAGGUUCGCUGGCUACAUCGAGAAGGUUCGUUUUUUGGAAGCCCAGAAUCGCAAGCUCGCCUCGGAGCUGGAAGCCCUGAAGUCUAAAUGGGGGAUUGAGACGUCGGAGAUCAAGCGGCGGUAUGAGAUUGAGUUGAAGGACGCGCGGUCCAUGAUCGAUGAGCUGACCAAGGAAAAGUCUAAGUGGGAGAUAAGAUGCCACACCGUGGAGGAGGAGCUCACAGACCACAAGGCAAAGCUUGAUGACUUUCUCAACCGUCACAAUGCUGAUCGUGAAGCGCUGCAGAAGACUCACCAGCAACUUUCCGACUACGAGUCUGAGAUUGCCCUCCUGAGGCGGCGCAUUGCAUUCCUAGAAGAGGAGCAUACGAGAGAUAAGGUCACCAUCAAGAAACUCAAUGAUGACGUCUAUAGACUCAGAGUGGAUCUGGACAAUGAAACACUGUUGAGGAUUGCCGCUGAGAAUGAGAGACAGACACUGGAGGAAGAGUUGGCGUUCUUGAAGACGAUCCAUGAACAGGAACUGAAGGAACUGGCCGCGCUUGCCUACCGUGAUUCGACCGCCGAGAACAGGGAAUACUGGAAAAGUGAGCUGGCUGUGGCGAUUAGAGAUAUCCAGCAUGAAUAUGAGGAUAGGAUGGGCAGCAUCAAGACAGAACUCGAGGCUCAUUAUAAUCUAAAGAUGUCCCAGGUGAACACGGGCAAAUCCAGGCAGAACCUCGAGAUGACCCAUUACAAGGAGGAGACGCAGAAGUUGCGAAACCAGCUGCAAGAGCUCCGCAGUAGGAUUUCCGACCUUGAGUCCAGAUGUUCCAACCUGCAGAAGGAGUACGACAUCCUGUUGCGCGAGUACCAAGACAAAGAACAUCAAUGGGACCUGGAGAAGACCGAGCUUAUCCACGCCUACAAUGAUAAGGUGUCCGAGAUGGAGGCGCUGACUAUCCAGUUGAAUGAACUCCUUGACGCAAAACUCUCCCUUGAGCUGGAGAUUGCCGCAUAUAGGAAACUCCUCGAGGGCGAUGGAAGCCUUGGCAAUGUUGUUGAGAAGUGGUAUGACUGGACCAGACAGCAUGGUAGCGAAGCGCACCUCAAGUGGCUCGAGGGAUUCAUGAGCUCCGCUGAACAUAGUGAGUCAAAGGGAAUUUCCCAGAGCAUGGCGGCUGGCGAGAUGUCGGCGAAGACCACUUACCAACGGAGCGCAAAGGGAAACAUCUCCAUCAAGGAUGCUGCAAGUGAUGGCAAAUCGGUCACUCUCGAGAACACUGGCAAUAGGCCAGAGGACAUCACCGGUUGGAAGAUAAAGCGUAUAGUCGACCACAAACUGGAGUUUAGUUUCGACUUGCCUUCGACGCAUCUAGCAAGAGGACAGUCAAUCACGGUGUUUGCUAAGGGUCAGAAACCUAGUGGCGCCGAAGGAUACGAGACGUCCUCGAAUACCUGGGGUGUCGGUGCCAAUGUCACCACGUAUGUCUUCAACGUUAACGGCGAGGAACGAGCGACCUACAUACAGAAGACCAUGUACUCGUAAACGGUUUGCUAUCAAAACUGGAUGAAUCGUAGCCAUUCGUUUAUAACGUGAUAUAAUAGCGGUUAAACGAUGUCCAAGAAGCGUUUCUGCUCGGAUUUAUAACUUUCUAGAACUGCAUCACCCAACGACAAUGAAGUCAACCAGUAAUACAAGGUGCCUUCUAAAUUCAGCAGACACAAUUAAGACUUGGCGUCUCCAAGUUAUAUCUCAUGUAUAUUAUGUGAUCUGUGUUGUUAAUAGCGACUUUCGGCAAGUUCAAAAUUCAUGCCCGCUUUGCGUAUCCGUAUUUUUAUGGUGUUUUCAUAUCUUGUACAUUCCCGAUGCGUUGAAUAUGCGAUGGGAAGCUGAUUUACAUGCAAAUGAUACUUGAUUGAGAAGUUACUUGGAAGAAUCAUAUUCAUUUCACCUUUCAACAUUGUACAGGAUGGGAAAAUUUCAUACGUGAAUUCGAUAGGGAUACGUAACAAGGGUGUGAAAUUUGCCAUUUGCCGAAAGUCCCUAUUGUCAAGCUUCCUCCCCGUAUUUCUCGGCGCACAAAGGUCAUCGUCAGUAGAAUCCUGUAUAAGUUCGGUGUUUCACUCCUGGGUAGUUCAUUAUUUUAGCCAGUGUUUUACUGACACGUGCAACAUCCUUCUUCGUGAAGUUACAAUUGAAGCAUUUUGUGGAGAGGCAUGAAACCAUUGUUGUACAUGUCGUUGUCGAUGCACGCGCAUUAUAUCGGUUGAGGCUUAAAACACACCUAAGGUAUAGCAAAAAACUUAUUAUGAGUAUUAAAUGUGAGUAGUAUUAUCUGUUAGAUGCUGUUGGUCACUCUGCCUUUUUUUCGGUCUAAGAACAGGAAAUUGCUCAUGAUGACGUAAUGUGAGUGAAGUAUUUACAUUUCGUGAGAGUGUAGUAUUUAUAGCCAUCAAACGUGGCACCAAAGCAAAAACCAAAGCCGGGUGCGUAUCUAAGUUCCCUGGGUUCUAUGUGUCCCGGGCUUUAUAUGUUCCCCCGAUAUAAAUAGGGUUCUAUGUUCGACAGGUCUGUUUAAGUCAGCAAAUAAAAAAACUAACAAACGUUUUACGCAUUGGCUAUUCCAUCUUGACCACUUAGGUUUGUGUACCCUGACCCUUGCCCUAUUCCAAACUUAUGAGAGAAUAGCCUUAACCAAGGCGCUACAUCAUUCCGGUCAUUUUCCAUUGUGGUCAUUACUUUGAAAUCCAUAAACUUGGUUUUUAUUGUUUUUAGGGUGCAUAUAUAGAACCCGGGUAACAUAGGACCAUGAAAUCACAAGGAUUUCCCAUGAACAACGUUUAAGUCUCUCACCGGCAUUUCAUUAUGCAGCUUAUGUUAUGGCUUUCGAACAAAUACAAAUAAACCUUACUACAUUAUUACAAGUUUGUAUCCAGAGCUAUAUAUGACCAAUAAAUAUAUAUACAGAUUCAUUUCUAGUAUAU